UCCCUGCAGACUGCGCGGGGGAAGAAGACAUCCAGCCAGCAGACAAAACCGAAAGCGAAGCGAUCGAUCAGAAGUACUGCAUGAGGGGGAAAAAAUAGUUUGUCCCUCCCCCCCCCCAUCUUCGGAUACACAGGAGUGUAACAAAAUAUUCACUGUACCCUAUUUUAAACAUGAAUGGCUCGACGCACCUCGUCGCCAACGUGGUGGACAUCCAGCUCAAGCGGGGACCUUCCGGCCUGGGCUUCAACAUAGUCGGAGGAGUGGACCAGCAAUAUGUGGUCAACGACAACGGCAUCUAUGUGUGUAAAAUCAAAGAGAAUGGCGCGGCAGCACUGGACGGAAGACUAGAAGAGGGAGACAAGAUCCUGGCGAUAAACGGGAACAAGCUGGAGAACUGUAACCACGGCGUGGCGGUGGACCUGUUCCGGAGCGCCGGCGAGGACAUCCUGCUGCAGGUCCAGAAGAAGCACCCGCCCCACAGGAACGGCCCCUCCAGCCCGGAUGCGGGGGGGGACUCUGCGCUGCCCGCUCUGGGCGUGCUGGUGGGGGUGCUGGGCGCGGCCGCCCUGAUGGCCCUCCUCUACCUGCGCUUCCAGCCGACCCUCCGGAGGCCCUUUUAACCAAAGACCCCCCCCCCCCCACUACCGCCCCCUAUUUUAUACCCCUGGCCGAGACACUUUACCCCCCCCCCCCCCCCCCCCCCCCCCCCCCGGACCACACGGGAAACGAUUAACACAGUAACCUAACGAGACGUAGAACCAUCCUUUGUUUGGGGGUGUUGGUAGAUAUGAAGGUAGCCGGUGCCUGCCCCUUGUUUUGCAUAUGUAUAUGUACCUGUAUUUAUGUGUAUGUUACACGCCGUGAUCGUAGAGGUGUGAUCGCCGCCGCCAAGCUUGGCGCCUGACGUCGUUCUACGAAGGGGAGACGACUGAUGUAGCCCAUGCACUACAAGGAUUCCUUCGUAAUUAGCGUAGGUCAAAGGUCACCGCAUAGCACCCGACAUUUCAAUGCCACCCCCCUGUGUGUGUGUGUGUGUGUGUGUGUGUGUGUGUGUGUGUGUGUGUGUGUGUGUGUGUGUGUGUGUGUGUUACCAAUUCACAUCACUGUUCAUCCACAGCGCCUUUUCACAUCAGUGACCAAUCACAGCCCGCAUGCGGCCAUGUUUCCCCCCCCCCCCCCCCAAGGUUGUGUGUGUUAAAAAAAGAAAACGGGGUGUGAUUUCCAUGUGCAUAUUUGUCAAACGAAACAACAAAAGCCAUAUAAGCGCCACUUCAUGUAUUGCCUUGUGUCCAUUCUGUACAGGUUUGUCUGGUUGGCUCAUGGGAUGCGUAGAAAUGGUCACGUUCAAUGGAACACAGUCACUGAUGGUGUUAUUUGUUAAUUGAAACCCCGUCGUUGUCUGCCGAAUAUUUUGCAUACCGACGCUAAUUGGUGGCAAUGAAGAAAGUCACGUGUUGAUUGGGUGACGGAGGUCAGGUGGUUCGACUGAUUGACCGCAGCUAAAUACUUUAUAUUUUCACCAUUGCGGUUGGGAAACAAAAGUUCUCAAUCUAAGAAAGAAAAACACCACCGACUCGUUGUUUUGCACUAUAACCACGGUCUCAAAUCAUUCUGUCAUUGCCUAGAAAGCCCAGCGGGUGUUUUUGAUGAGGGGGUUAAUUGCCAUGAUUGCUUUUUUUCAUGAUCAGUCAGUGUGAGGUGGAUGUCUUGGGUUUAACAUAGCUCUAGUGUGUAAAUACUUUUCGUUUGGCCGUGCUGGAUGAGAUAGUGAGUAUGUAAACGUAUGCCAGGAUGAAAGAUCAGAAUCAUUAAAUUAUGCAAAUACUAUGUGUUUGAGGACCAAGCACCUAUUAAAAUUCAUGUUGAAUUCUCUUA